UCACGGGAGGGCACGUUCGGGCUGGUCUCGAUCCUAAAUUGCGCCUCGAAAAUUUGCACUCGCUCCGAUGCUCAUAUUAAAAUUGCUGCCGCUACAACGCGGCUCAGAAAUAUCGCUCGAAGUGGCACUUGUUUAAUUCAUUCUCAGGACUUGAUCAAUGUUUCGACGUUAGUUCUGAAAACCCAGGACGCUGCUCCCGCGAAGACGCGCACAGAUUUGACGCCAACCCCGUGUAGGGCGUUGCAUCGCUGUACAGGUUCGACCCUUACGAUACUUUAUUCUUCUGUUUCGUCCGUUUAAACGCGCAAUGGCGAACCACCUGAUCACCGAUCUCAAGCUUGUCCUGAAGGGCGCCGAGAAAGUGGCGAAAGCCAUGUGCGAACACGGCGCUUCGGAGCUUCGACAGUCGUGGCACAACUCGAGCGUACGAGCUGUGGCCAAGAAGUUUUCCAUGGACGUCGAAGAAGUGGUUAGCAACGCGGUGGCUAAUCCUCAGAAAUUGGGGUUGGAAGCUGCGAAAGCCGCCUCCGAGACCGCCCAGAGGUUGUCCAUGAUACCUGAGGGCAUCAAGCAGUUUUCGGUGCACGCACUCCAGCACGCUCGGCAGCAAGACGUCCAUGCAGCGGAAGCACCCCAAAAGCCUUCGUGGGACGGCUUAGAAGACGAAACACACCUCAGCUACGCGCCGUCACGCACCGCACCGGAAGCCUCCACGAACUACACUAAGCAUGCCGAGAGCGUGAGUGCGGCGGCUGGCACCGUGGUGGAAACACCCACCGCGUACAGCCAGGCCAACGUAACGCCCGGUCCAACUGCAAGAGGCAUCACUUCGUCCACUCUGGACAGUCCCCUUUCGCCGCCAAAGCCGAGUGCAACAAUAGAACAAAGGCAAGGCGCUCAGUGGAGACAGCAACGACCCGCCUCUUUUGAGAGUGCACCCUCGAAACCACGUUUUGCAAUGCCAAGUCAUAAACCAAUGCUGACCGAGCACUCCAAGGCCUCGAAAGUACCCGCUUCAAGAGUCGGAAGGCUCAUGUCAUACGGAGGUCUCGCUGCCGGGCUGGGCCUGGGCGCGCUCGCGGAGAUGACCCGACGGACUCUGGGCAUGACGGACCCCAAGACGGGCAUGGGCUCUGCGGUGUUGAGUGCCGACAACCCGUUCCUGACUCAGGCCAACAUCAGCCGCAUCGUCGAUACUCUCUGCAAGGUUCGUGGAGCCGCGCUCAAGAUCGGUCAAAUCCUCAGUAUUCAGGACAACACGCUGGUCAGUCCACAAAUCCAGGCAAUAUUUGAGCGUGUCCGACACUCAGCCGACUUCAUGCCGGAGUGGCAAAUGGAGAGGGUGAUGGUGCAAGAAUUGGGACCCGACUGGGAAUCCAAAGUCGCAUCUUUCGAGCGCAAGCCAUUUGCAGCAGCCUCCAUCGGCCAGGUUCACCUUGCCACCCUGCACGACGGUAGGGAGGUGGCAAUCAAAAUUCAGUAUCCAGGUGUUGCCCAAGGAAUCAACAGCGAUAUCAACAACCUCAUGGCCAUUCUCAAAUACUGGGACAUUAUACCGAGAGGUAUGUACAUUGACAACGUCGUGGCCGUGGCCCGCAAGGAACUCGCCUGGGAAGUCGACUACUUGCGGGAAGCCGAGUGUGCCAAGAAGUUCAAGAGCCUGGUGAAGCCAUAUCCCGAGUACUACGUCCCAGAUGUCAUUGACGAAUUGUCGACGGCCCAGGUGUACACGACUGAGUUGAUCACGGGGACCCCUGUUGACAAGCUCGUUGACGCUUCGCAAGAACUGAGGAACCGGGUGAGCUACAGCCUGUUGAAGUUGUGCCUGCUGGAGCUGUACGAUUUCAACUUCAUGCAGACGGAUCCUAACUGGUCAAAUUUCUUCUACAACGGUGACACCGAUCAGCUCAUGCUUCUCGACUUUGGGGCAUGCCGGGAAUACGACAAGAGCUUCGUGGACAAGUACAUGCGGGUGAUCAAGGCGGCAGCCGACCGCGAUGAGUCCAGGGUGCUUGAAUGCUCCAUGGACCUCGGCUUCCUCACGGGCUACGAAGCCAAGGUGAUGCAGAAGGCACACGUUGACGCAGUCAUGAUUUUGGGUGAAGCGUUCUCCAAGGAUGGCCUCUUUGACUUCGGGAAGCAAGACACAACACGCCGGAUCCAGAGCCUGGUGCCCGUGAUGCUGCAGCAUCGGCUCACACCUCCGCCCGAGGAGACAUAUUCGUUGCACCGGAAGCUCUCCGGGAUAUUCCUGCUGUGCGCCAAGUUGCGCGCCAACAUCAACUGCAAGGAACUGUUCGACGAGACCUACGCACGAUACCGAUUUGAGAGCUGAUGCAUUGUGCGUACAUGGUUGGCAGCGUAGUUUGAUGGCACUAGGGUGGCAUAAGGGAUUGUUUUCAGGCUCUUCAGUGAUUGGCUCAUUGUAACGUUGGAAUAAGAUACAGCAUCUGUGCAGUUGUGAUAGUUCAUUUGUUACAAGCAUUCGCUCGAUAAGACAGUUUUUCCGUAUUCUCAGGUACGCUUCACUGCAUGAAACGUUAGCCCAACUAAUGACAACAUCAGUUAUGGUUAAAAUGAAAGCAAAAUGAAGCAAAAUGGUACUUGCCAAGGGGCUCUUUCCUUGCACAUGUUUAUUGUGAGAGCCACAUCUACGUUUUUUAUGUCCCAAAACGAGCGAAACUGUGGUGUUAAGUGUUGCUUUCAAAAAGCAACUAGUAUGUCGCCAUUAGCUACGCUAACUACUUUUCAGGCAGGCCGACUUUACUUAAUAACUAGUAACCGUGCCGACUUCUUGUGUAAGUAGCGAACUACACUAAAGCAUAUGCACUCAAAGCUCUCAAAGAAGGCACAGUUUGCAGUCGAGUCAUGGCACACUCGGAUAUUUUUUGUAUAUGUUCACUCACUCGAAUACACAUUUAAUAAUUGCAGCUGAAGUAAUCGCUUUAGACAUGUAGUAUCCCUUCAGUAGACCACGACAUCGAGAUUGAAAACUUGUCAUAAAUAUGGCAAUUAAGUGACAACAUUUAGCAGCCACAACCCGUAAUAUAAGCGCAGCAGUGCGAAAACCGUAGAGGCGUUACGGUUAAUGAUCUCAGCGACGAUCAACGAGCUAGUCGUAGUACCUUAGAUUGCUUGCAAGCAAUCAAAAGACAUUAUGGCAAAUAAUAUAAUUAGCAAAUAUACUAGUUUGAGUUAUCCUUGUUUUGGACAGUUGGUCACACAGACAGUGAACCUUGACUUUGUCCCCCGGAGAGAUGCACCACCUACUAAGUGGCAUAGUUUCUGCAGUUCUGUAACGCUCUUUUAUGAAUAGAGCGAUAACUUUAGGCUUGUGCGAAUAGUUAGGUUCAAAGCAAAUUUGAAGCGAAUAGCGAUUUGGUUGAAUAAUUUUUAAUUGAAUUCGAAUCGUAUAUAUCACAUAUUAAGAAAAAUGAGCGCAUCUGUCAUGACCCAACUAACCUGCUCAAUAUUUUUUAAAACUGAAACAAUGCAUGUGCAAAUGCCAUUCUUUUUGGGUCAAAGGGAAGUGGAAGCAACUUUGAAUAGUAGCUGGAUUAGGCUUUCGGUAGAAUGCAAGUGAUAACCUGUAAAAUACGUUACGUUUUAAAAUUUACUCUACCUAGAGCAUAUAAGCCAGUAUAACGAGCUUUUAAACUUAAAAAAUGACGAAUCAGUGUGACGGUAAUUUGUUCAUUUAACUUUGAAGUGUGGCUUCGCGGCAGUGGGGGAUUUCCCUGGAAAGGUGUAUUCACGGUACAGCACCCCUGCACUGCAGUGAAACCACCUUUACAGAGGGUAUGUCUAUUCGCUCCCCAUUUCGAAUACUUCGAAAUUUAGAAUAAAUUCGGUUCGAAGCGAAUUUGAAUAUACUGUAAUAUUCGUUCGACUAUUCGAACUGCUCGAAUAUUCGCACAAGCCUAGAUAACUUCGUAAUUAUACAGCCACAUAUUUAAGCAUGGCAGCCAGUUGGCUCCGCGACCGCAAAUAGUCGCCGUUAUGUAACUCAUCGACAUUCGACUUAUGACAACUGUCUAGAGUGCAUGCUUAAUGGUGCAAGCGUGGGCGCAUUUGCCUUUGAGGUGGAAAUGUGACUGUCUUCUAAAGUUGUAUCUGACUACAGUUUCUUGCAUUUCCUCAAGAGUUCUGGACAGGCCUAGCAUUUCUGAAGCAAUUCUUCAUAACAGAAAUCGCCAAGGUACAACACACAUUUUAAAGUUAGCUUGCAGCUGUAAUUGGCUAAAUCAAGGAGGAUUUCCAGUGGAGGUGAAUUUGCAAACAAAACUUGUUCGGCAGUGCCACACUCUUUACAAGGAAUGCUUCAGUGAAAGAAUAUCGAUUCCUGAAUUGAAUAAAUUUCAACUACUUGCCACACACUUGUACACUUACACGUACUCAGGCACACAAAGAGUUAACAAACUUGUCUACUAGUGCGAACAGCUAGCGAUGGAAGACUAACUUAGCAAGUUCUAGGGAACCAAUACCGGUGUUAUGUUUCGUUUGUCUGCACGUUUGUGUACCUGUGGAAGGUGUUGAACAACUGUUGAAAUAAAAAUAGAGAAAGAAAUACACUGUGUUCCUUAUCAAAUAUUUUUUUAUUCGCAUCCUUCACAUCACUGCGUGCCCAAAAGGCACUGCAAAUCUCCUUGGACGUCGAGGCUCAGAACU